CAACCAGCGCACAUUCUCAGACUAACCUGCCAAUUUAACGGAAUUUACGCAUCCCUUCUCUCUCCUUUCUCUCUCUCUCUUCUCUCUCUGAAAAACACGCGCAGUCGGGCAUACACUUCACCCUCACUCCACUCCGGCCCUCUCCCUCUCUCUCUCUCCCCUUCUCCUUCUCUCCCUCUCUCUCUCUCUGGCACUGGAGUUCUGAGUUUUACUUCAAUAUAAUAACCCUAAACUUUCUCUUCGUGUAAUUUUUAAUUGUAAGCAUUUCUCCCGCACUACUUGUGUCGUGUGUAGUCUUGUUUCUGCUCCCCCCUCCAUUUUUAGUUUGAGGAUAUUUUGUGCUUCUAGGGUUUCGAGAAAUCUCUCCAUGAGGGAAUAAUUAAGGAUUUCUAUCUGGAGAGGAAUGUAUCUUCAUCUCCAUUUGCAUUGCUUCUUUAUUUUCUUCUUUGUGGUAUUUUUCUCUGGUGUUUUAGCUUCCUCAGAAGAUGAAGUUCGUUCUCUACUCGAAUUCAAGAAAGGGAUCCGAGACGAUCCACACUAUGUACUCGAAUCAUGGGACCGAUCUUCAGUGGCAUCCAACGGCUGCCCUCGGGACUGGCACGGGAUUGCGUGCGACGAGUCAGGCUCCGUCGCUGGUAUUGCUCUUGACGGAUUGAACUUGAGUGGCGAUUUGAAGUUCUCCACCUUGAGUGGACUGAAAAUGCUGAGAAAUUUGAGUCUUUCGGGGAAUUUCUUCACUGGCCGGCUUGUGCCCGCAAUGGGAGCUAUGGUUUCUUUGCAGCAUUUGGAUCUGUCCAGGAAUCUAUUCUAUGGGCCAAUCCCAGCUAGGAUUAAUGAAAUUUGGACUUUGAAUUAUUUGAAUCUCUCGUCGAAUAAUUUCACAGGAGGGUUCCCUAGCGGAAUUAGAAACCUUCAACAGCUGAGGGUCUUGGAUUUGCAUUCCAAUGGGCUUUGGGCGGAUAUUGGGGAUCUGUUGUCUGAGCUGAGGAAUAUCGAACACGUUGAUUUGAGCUAUAAUAUGUUCUAUGGGGAGCUCCCGUUGAGUGCGGAUAACAUUUCGAGCUUGGCGACUACCGCACGUUAUGUGAAUUUGAGCCACAAUAGGUUGAGUGGGAAAUUCCUUUUGGAUGAUACAAUCAAAUCUUUUAGGAACUUGGAAGUCUUGGACCUGGGUAACAAUCAUCUCAGUGGAGAGCUCCCUUCAUUUGUCUCUUUAUCUUAUCUUCGAGUUUUACGGCUUGGAGACAAUCAUUUAUAUGGAUCUAUACCGGGGGAGCUAUUUGAAAGUGUGAUUCCGUUGGAAGAACUGGAUCUCAGCGUCAAUGGCUUUUCAGGUUUGAUUCACAGAAUUAAUUCGACUACUCUGAAGUUUUUAAAUCUUUCAUCAAAUAUGCUCUCAGGCCCGUUGCCUUCUACUCUUGGAAAAUGUGUGAUGGUGGAUUUUAGCAAAAAUGGUCUCUCUGGUGAUAUAUCUAUUAUGCAAAGCUGGGGUGAUACUUUAGAGAUCAUUGAUUUGAGUUCAAAUGCAUUGUCUGGAACCUUUCCAAUCCUUACUUAUCAAUUUCAGAGAUUGUCUUCUAUUAAGAUCAUGAAUAAUUCUUUAAGAGGUGACCUACCUAUUGAAUUUGGGACCUAUCCAAGACUAGCUAUAGUUGAUCUCAGCUCAAAUGAACUUACUGGACCCAUUCCAAGUAGUUUCUUCACUUCAUUGUCAUUGAUAAACUUGAAUAUUUCAGGAAAUAAUUUCACAGGAAAUAAAUAUGACUUUCCAGAUAAUCAUCCUCCAACAUCUGAGUGGAAGUCAUCUCCAGGAUCCCCUUUAUCUUCCUCACCCCGUUUUAUUGAGGCAUGUGAGCGACCUGUAAUGUUAAAUGUGUACUCACCAGAUCGGCUGGCUGGAGAACUACAUUUUUUAGAUAAUUCAGUAGUAUUCACAGCCGAGGAGUUGUCUAGAGCCCCAGCAGAAGUCCUUGGUAGAAGCAGUCAUGGGACUUUAUACAAGGCUACUCUAGAUAGUGGACAUAUGUUGACCGUGAAGUGGUUGCGUGUAGGACUUGUCAAGCAUAAGAAAGAAUUUGCGAAGGAAGUGAAAAAAAUUGGGUCUAUUAGACAUCCAAACAUCAUCCCCUUAAGAGCAUACUAUUGGGGGCCCAGGGAGCAAGAAAGGCUGGUACUUGCAGAUUAUAUCCAUGGCAAAUCUUUGGUCAAUGUGUGUCUUGUAGAGACCACACCUCGAAGGUACUCCCCACUAUCGUUUAGCCAAAGGAUAAGAGUUGCAGUGGAUGUUGCAAGGUGUCUCUCUUACCUCCAUGAUAGAGGCCUACCUCAUGGUAACCUAAAGCCAACAAAUAUACUUCUAGCAGGACCUGAUUUUACUGCUCGUCUCACAGACUAUGGUCUCCACCGUCUAAUGACCCCUGCUGGGACUGCAGAGCAGAUGUUAAAUUUGGGAGCGCUUGGAUACAGAGCCCCAGAAAUAGCUUCUGCAGCAAAACCAUUGCCCACAUUAAAGGCUGAUGUUUAUGCAUUUGGUGUGAUACUCAUGGAGUUAUUAACCAGAAGAAGUGCCGGUGACAUAAUUUCGGGCCAAUCAGGCGCUGUUGACCUUACAGAUUGGGUUCGACUUUGUGUCCACGAAGGACGAGGAAUAGAGUGCUUUGACAGAGACAUUGCUGGUGGGGAGGAACCAACGAAAGCAAUGGAUGAUUUGCUUGCCAUCUCUCUCCGGUGUAUUCUCCCUGUAAAUGAGAGGCCUAAUAUCAGACAAGUCUUUGAGGAUCUUUGUUCCAUAUCAGUUUGAAAUUUUUGUAGAUGUAUCUAGGAAUUCGCUUUGCUUUCUUGACUUCUAUUUUCCUUUUUUUUUUCGUAAUUGGGUUUCCGAGCCCUCCCGAUCUGGGCUAAUCUUUGUUCUUUUAUCCAUGUAAAGGGAUUAUUGAUCCAUUGAUUGAUUGAUAUUAUUUGAGGUUUGAGCUUGAAAAUUGUAAUUCUUUGUCAAAUGUCAUUAAUAAAAUAAUAGAUUGUUUACAGCCGAAGGCACUUAAGCUUUGAA